AUGACUGAAAGAGCUCAAAUGCACCAGCAGGCUGACCUUCUUGCUCAAGACUCGGGAGCGGGUCCUCCUGCUAGUCAUGUUCACACUGACCGGUCAUUUGAUCCUCGAACUUCUCUUGAGGACUAUAACCGCACUAUGUUGGAAUACACUCAACGCCAAAUGUCCUCUUUUGUUGACCUCGACACUACCCGUCGUGAUGGUACCAGCAGUCGCAGUAGUCAAAGCAGCGGCAACAGUGGAAAUAGCGGCACUUCUUCCAACGGUGUUCUAGCCAGUAAAGCUAAUGGACCACCACCAACUUCCGCGGGUUCCUCGGCUGAUGCGAAACGGUUUAAGACACCUCGUACAUCGUCCAAUCAUGUCAGAUCUGGCUAUUAG